ACCUCAGUUGAGUGUGGGACAGCUCCGGGAGCGUAGAUCUAUAGGCGACGGUGCUUGCUACCACCCGGCUCACCUUCUCGCUGUCCUCACUAAUCACGUGAACCGCACCGUGCACUUAUCUUUUGAAGGAAAAUAUAAGAUAUAUAUAUCACGUGUACCAUACAUUGAGGAAAAUAUAUCCGAGUCAUGUAUGGACUGUGAACUGUAGAAAACAGCAGUAAAACUGAAACAUUAUAAUGUGAUGUGUGGUCAUUGAUGAUCCGUCAUGCGAGAUUAAACUGUCUAGCUAUCAAGUUUAAAAGUUAUGAAACAAUUUUUUGAAGUCGAGUGUUAGGCUAAGUGCGAGCGACGGGACCUCACCUGCCCCGAGGUAGAGGUGGCUGGCAGCGUCUUACGGCAGCUGGAUAACACAAAGGAGACAACUGCUGGUACUACACUACACAGACGCGUCUGCUCAAAACCGAACUACCGGACUGCUGCCGAGACUGAACCACUGGAGACCCAAUGAGACUAUAUUAGUAAACAGCUUUUGAUACUAGACUGACGCCCUGAGCCUUAUAUUAAACCAGUAUGUAGUUAUUGAAUCGAAAAUAACAUGAAACAUUAGAAGCAGAACGACACAAGCUAAACGAUAUUACUUUGUUAUCUUCCAUUAAUGAAGUUUAAAAGUAAAUCGAUGUUGAAGAAGAAAAUAACAUUGAAUGAAUAAUAAUGUGAACUUAAUUUCAUAAAAGUGAAAAUUUACGUGAACACAUUUUCAGUCAUCGCGAAAAAUAAUUAUAUGAACGCAAUCCCCGUGAACGCAAACAAAAAUAAUUACGGGAACAUAAUUUCAACGAACAUUAUUAAUUAUUUUACUUAAAGGGAAUUAUCUGAAAAUUUGCACCCUGAAGACCCUUAGCUGAUGACUUAAGACUUACUUCAAUGUAAUUAUAAUACACUGCUAAUAGAGGAGUCAGAUAAAAACACUAAAGAUAUAUUUGAUAAUUUAAGAGACAACAAAGAGUUAUUACUAAAAAGGACAGAGGAUAAUCACAGAAAACUUUUUACUCGGAAGUCAUGGAGUGGAGAGUCAUCUAGUUAUGGUAGUGAGAAGCAUCAGGGUCGCGUGAGGAUGGGCGCAGCAAGGUGUGUCACGCUGGCUGGCCUCUGGCUCCUGACUCUACUAGCCGGCUCAGCCUCGGACCAGAAGGGCGCCCAGUGGAGUAAUACGAACAAUCAGCUGGAGUUGGGACAGCUAGGCGUGAAGGUGCCCCCCGAGGAUCGUUUCGUCACUCAAAACAACAGCGUAGUGACGGGUCAAGUGGGAGCGGCCGUCAUUCUUCACUGCAAGACCUCCAGUGCUACCGGGGGAUUGGUGUCGUGGGUGAGGAAGAGGGACUACCAGCUACUAACGGUGGGGCUACAUACACAUUCCAGCGACGACAGGUUUUCCAUCAACUACGUCCACUGGGACUGGCAGCUUCACAUCCGCUACGUGCAGCCGAGGGACGCCGGGGUGUAUGAGUGUCAGGUAUCCUCACACCCUCCCACGUCUCUCUUCGUUCACCUUCAGGUGGUGGAGGCGGAGGCAGAGAUCUUGGGAGCCCCGGAAAAACACGUCAAACUGGGCUCCAUCCUACGUCUGGUAUGUAUAAUGCACCACACUACGGAAGCGUUGUCGUACGUAUUCUGGUACCGCGGCAACGAGAUGAUCAACUACGAGUCAGAGGAGGGGACUGGGAGUGUGGUAGUGGAGAGCGAUGAACAUACCAGCGUCUUGAUGGUGACAAGCGCCAGCAGGCUGCACUCGAGCAGCUUCACCUGCGCCCCCCUCAACACCAAGCCAGCCUCCAUCCUGGUCCAUGUUCUCAAUGGAGAAUACCCCGCGGCCAUGCAACACGGUGAAUCAUCCUGCCGGGGGCUCAACCCCCCUUCUCUUACGGCACUGGCGGCCCUGGCAUUCAUCUUGCAGGUGGUCGUGGCCCUCACCAUCUCCUGGACACUGCCGAAAGGGACAGUUGCCUUGGCUACUGCCCUCGGUGUAUCCCCGACACUGCCGCCGCUGGUGUCAUCCCGAGGGCGGAGUGAGACCGACAGAACAUUGUCACAGGUGUACCAUCAUUAUCAUCACGGCGGAACAGGAGUAGCACCAUCAGGUGCACGAAGAUGGGUCGCUGGCGCUGCCCACGGUGUGUGUGGGCGGGCGAGACACCCGCUUUACCUAGACCAAACUUACACAUGUUGUAGCCAGCUGCCCUAGUCAGCACUCAGCGGGCGGUGGUCACUAUCGCUGUACAUACACGCUUGGCCAAUGAUCAGUAAUAUUGAAGUUUUUUAAUCCAUUGUACAGUUGUGUUUUCUGCAGCAGUAACUUUAUCUACACCUUCGUCUGUAAUCCUCUUAUUCAACAAGUACAUUAAGUAAUAACGAAGAUAAAAUAGAUGAGGCAAAUUAUUUUACACCAAAAAGCCAUUCAUCUCAGCCCCCAGUGAACAACACAAACUGUUUAUGUCGACAAGUUACCCACAACAAAUACGUUUUUAUUGUAUUCUGUAAUUUGGAUCAUUAUUCCUGGAUAUGAUCACAAAAACAACUCAAUUUCCAACACAAAAUUCCCCACUUGUAACACGAGGUCACUCCCCUUGGUACACAUACAGCUUAACUCUAAGCGGAUGUCGGCCAAAUUGUGUAAUUCUUUUGUACAUAUAGGAUGUGUCUCUGACCUACAUUAUAUGUGGGAUGUGUCACAGACAUAUGGGAUAUGUCUGUGACCUACAUAAUACCACAUGUCAGCAUCCGUCAACAGAGCUGUGUACAACAGUGACCUAGAAACUGACUCAAACUAUUUAAAAACAUUACACAUCAGUUUUGUUGACAAAUUCAUAUUGUUUGGUGAUAGAGUAAACAGCGCAGUGGUGACCUCAUCAACAAUGGUCAGCUGACAGUACAGUAAACACUAUUUUAUCAACUAAUCCCUAAAUGACUCAAAAAAUACUAAUUUGUUGCGUUGGUGUUGCUUUGUGGUUUACCACUUUGUUGCUGCAGAAGUUUACUGUGAACCUGUUUUUGGUUAACUCUGGAUCAGGUACAGUUUAUUAUUAACAAGAUAAUGAAUGACGUCAUAGGAAUGCGUGUGAUUGGUGGAGUAUAUCGAGAAGGAAUAAUGACGUCACUCCAUGUCCAGUUGCUCAUUCCCUGAUAUUUGUUUUUGUGAAGAGAUUUAGAUAAUGUAUUGUGUAUAUAUAGAUAUGUAUGUAUGUAUGUAUGUAACGUUGGUAAACUGUUUGAUCACAUUCUUCUCAUGACCGCAAAGUGUGACAGGCGUUUAUAAACAUUCUAUUCCUAUUUUAUCUCUUGUUCUCUCAGUUUGAGCAGUUAUGAGAGAACGUUGAUCUAGACAUUUACUGCCGACUUUCCUCGUCUCUCUAUCCCCCCCCCCCCAUU